AUGGACUUUCCACAUCAUCAGAAUGGAACAAGCGGGCAAAGACGGAAACCCCCACACACAACGGUGCAGAAGUUCCUGAACUGGGGGCUGCCUGACUCCUGUCAUCGGUUCCUGUGGCGCCAGCCAGGAGAAUUCCCUGUCACCAUUUUCUUGCUGGGGGCAGGCACUGGGGGUCUGCUGGCCAUAGGUCUCUUUCAACUCCUGGUGAACCCCAUGAACAUCUAUGAGGAGCAGAAGAUGGUGGCAUUGUAUGGCUUGGCAGGCAUGGGGGCCAUAGGCUGGGGGACCUCCCCUCAUAUCCGCUGUGCCAGCCUCCUGUUGAUACCCAAGAUGCUGGGCAAAGAGGGCAGGCUCUUGGUCCUGGGAUAUGCUUUGGCUGCCAUCUAUGCAGGGCCAGCGGCCAAUCUGCGACACAACCUCAACGAAGUGAUAGCAUCGCUGGGCUGCACCGUGGAGCUGCAGAUCAACAACACCCGUGCGGCCUGGCGUGUCUCCACAGCCCCUUUGCGGGCAGUGUUCAAGGACCUGCUGGGCAGCAAAGAAUCAUUGAAAGCAGAGACGCAAAACAUCUCCUCUGCCUUUGAGGACCUGGAUGCCCAGGUGAAGAGUGAAACUGGCUACUCUCCUGAGGAUGCCAAGGGCCUAGAAGAUACAGACCAAGGCAAAGAGACCCGUGGAGCCCCCCACAUCAGACUCCACCUGUCCACACAGAAGUUGUAUGAGCUGAAGACCAAGCUGCGCUGCUCCCAUGUGGUGAACCAGGGCAUACUCAGCUGCCGUCGCUGGUUUCAGCGAAAGCAUGAACAGUGCAUGGAAAGCAUCUGGGUCCCGCUCCUCAAACACCUGCUCUGCCUGCCAAUGAAAUUCAAGUUCUUCUGUAGCAUUGCCAAGGUGAUGGAGAUUUGGUGCCGCAAUCGCAUCCCAUUGGAAGGCAACUUUGGGCAGACCUACGACUCCCUCAACCAGUCUAUUCGUAGUCUAGAUAAGGAAUUUUCAGCCAAAAUUGACAUCAAGGAAGAGAAGCGGGCUGGGUUACUGGGCCUCAACACGAGUUGGGAGCACGUGAGCACCGAGGUGCGGGACUACGUGGAGCGGCAGGAGGCCCGGCUGGAAUGGGCCCUAGAGCUGUUGCGCGUGCUGCUGUCUUGCACCUUCCUGAUGGUCCUCCGCGCGUCCUUCUCCUACAUGGACAGCUAUAACCAAGACAUUCGCUUUGACAACAUCUACAUCAGCACCUACUUCUGUCAGAUAGAUGAGCGCAGGAAAAAGCUGGGCAAACGGACUCUGCUGCCACUCCGCAAGGCUGAGGAGACAGCUGUCAUCUUCCCCUGCAAACCCACCAUCCAGGCCUCAGAAAUGAGAAAUGCGGUGACAGAGCUCCUGGAGACAUUGCCUGUCCUGCUGCUGCUGGUGGUGCUGUGUUUCCUCGACUGGGUGCUCUAUUCGGUCUUCAACACCAUCCGCCAACACUCCUUCCUGCAGUACUCCUUCCGCAGCAGUCAUAAACUGGAAGUGAAGGUUGAGGGAGAUUCCAUGCUGGCCCGGCUUCUUCGGAAAACCAUUGGAGCCCUGAACACCUCCUCAGACAUAGGGGUGGAAACAAACAACAUGCCCUGCCUGCCCCAGCCUGUGUGCCUGGAUGCCAGGGCCUACUGGAGGGCUACGCUACCAAUAGUCCUGCUAAUAUGUCUCUGCCUGGCCCAGGCUUUUGGCUACCGGCUCCGGAGAGUCAUCGUAGCCUUCUACUUCCCCAAGCGAGAGAAGAAGCGGGCCCUGUUCUUCUACAAUGAACUAUUGAGAAAGAGAGCAGCCUUCACCCAACUGAGGAGGGCUGCCAUCUUGAGGCGGGCACGCGAGCAGAGGGCUCCGCGCCACCACGUGGUGGACAUCCUGCACCACCGCUGCCCGCUCCUGCACAGGUGGCUGCGCCAGCGCUGCGUAGUGUGCCAGGCACCGGAGACGCCGGAGUCCUACGUGUGCCCGACGCCGGACUGCGAGGCUGUGUACUGCCAGUCGUGCUGGGACGACAUGCGGCAGCGGUGCCCAGUCUGCACGCCCCGAGAGGAGCUCUCCUCCUCGGCCUUCAGUGACAGCAACGAUGACACUACCUACGCGGAGUGA